AUGGAUGAAUUUCCAUUUCCUUCGUCACUCGAUUUUUCCCAUUUAAAUAAAAUUCUUUCAAAUAAGACAUUAUAUGAAGAAAAGGGGUUUCUUUUACCUGAACUUUUAGAAAAUGGGUAUAAAGGCUAUUUCGGAAAAAUAUGUAUAAUUGGGGGGAAUGAAAUUUAUUCUGGAGCCCCAUUUUUAUCAGCUAUAAGUACAUUAAGAUUAGGAGCUGAUUUAUGUUUUGUUUUAUCUACAAAAGAAUGUAGCAUACAUUUAAAAAGUUAUAGUCCUGAAUUAAUUGUCUAUCCAUAUUUAUACACAAAUAAAUCCCCAAAAGAAAAUGAUAAAUAUCAGGAUUUAGAAAAAUCUAUAGAGUAUAUAUCAAAUAGAAUUGAUAGUUGUGUUAUUGGUCCCGGACUUGGAUUAAUAGACAAAGAAACAGAAAACUGUUUAAAAUUUAUUAUUAAUAAAUUUAUAAAAUCUAAUAUAUUUUUAAUAUUAGAUGCUGAUAUUAUUCAGUUUAUUAUUACUAAUGAUGAUAUAUUUAAUCUUAUAAAAAAUUACAACAAAUGUAUAUUUACUCCAAAUAAAAAUGAAUUUAAAAAAAUGAUAUAUUUUUUAACAGAAAAUAAACAUUUACAAUUUAACCAUCUCGAUACAAAUCAAAUAAUAUUAUAUGCUCAUCAAAUAAUCAAACUAUUUAACGGACCUAAAAUAUUAGUAAAAGGCUUUCAUGACAUUUUCGUAUCAAAAAAAUACUUUUUUAUUUCAUCAGUUCAAAAUCAGUCACUUAAACGUUUAGCAGGCCUAGGCGAUAUACUGACGGGGCUUUUGGCUGUAUUCCUUGCCUGGGCAUCUAAAAAAAAAGAUGUACUUCCCCCUGAAAUUAAAGACAAAUUAUUAAUUAACAAUUUAUGUGAAUAUUCCGAAUAUUUAGAUGCCCUUUCUGCUUUCAAUGCAUCCUAUUUACUCAAAUAUAUUUGCAAAGAAACUUUCAAAAAAUUUCACAUCGGUCUUAUUGCCACAGAUGUCAUAAAUACUAUUCCAUUAUAUUUCCAACAAGUUUAUUGUGAUGGCACAAAGAAAAAAGACGGAUCUAAAUAA